AUGAUUCACAAUGGAGUCAUUUUCCUCAAGCAUUUGCAGCAGAACACGACAGUACGGGUUGAUGGUAAUGUCUGCAUGGACGUGCUAUACAUGAAUUGCAAGAGACACAGUCCGCCUAAAAUAAUAGAAGUUUCCUUGGAUCUAGUGAUGCUUGGCGCUCCCGAUUACGGUUUGUCGCAACGUAGGAGUCUCAAAGUACUGGAAUUUUGCAUUAGAAUUCAUGGUCUGCUGCCAAAGAAAACACGAAGAAAUAUUUUAUUUUUGCUGUCUAAGAGCAAGGGAAUCAUCAAUGUUAAACGUCCUCAUAUGGUGCAGAAAUUCCUCACGAAGUUCUUCCAGGAUUUGCCGCGAACGAAUCAAAAGGAAGAUGUCGAAUUCAGGGAUAAUAUAAUUUCGUAUGUGCGAAAUAUUUACGGCGCAGUUAUGAAUGAUCCAGAUCUAGUCAAUGGUUUCACUUCCCCCUCCUUUGUGGGGGAAAUCUAUCAAAUGCUGAGAGAAGAUGUUUUUGGACUGCCUGACACUCACAAAAUAAUAGAGAUUUUAUCCAUUAUUGCAGUUCAUAGCGACUCUGCCUCACAGGCUCUUAUGGAAAUGGGAAUUGCUAAGACUUUGUUAGACCUUGACGAGAAAUGGCAUACAUCCGCCGAGACUCACAAAAUGGAUCUGGUCACGCUUGUUUGGGCGCUGCUGCCAAAUCUACCAGAAGAAUACAACAAUAACAAGUUGCUUAGGCGGAAUGCAAUCAGAAAUAUCGAAACCCUGCAAUGGCAAAGGGAGUUUGACACUAUUUGGAUUCCCUUUACACCUAUAGUGAAUUACGAGAUAGAAAGAAACCGUACAACGGACAGAAAUAAACAAGUUCUCAUCAUCGAAUCGGAUUCAAUAGGUGAAGUUUCUGUUAACGAUAUGACAUAUCUGGACCAUUCGACCUACAUAUUCAGGAGAAUUAGAUACGUGGAUCAUAAAGUGUAUGAGGUCCUUAAAUUGGAGAAGACCAAGAAGAGUAGGGGAUACCGUUUGAAGACCAAUUUUGCACAUUUCGCGUACUUGUUGGUCUAUGAAAGAAUUUAUGAUAGUUUCUAUGACAUUGAGCGAUAUCAGUGUUUGGAGGCCCUCCUGUCUCUGGUCAUGAAUAUAACUAGGACGCAACAUGACAGAAUCAUGCCCAUCACUGCGAAUUCUACGCCUGUGGGAACUGUACAACAUUUGACCGAGAUCAUAUAUAAGUAUGAGGACAGUGAGAAUGGAAUAGUAGCGAUGCAAACACUUGCAGAAUUCCUUAGAAUAUUUCCUGAUAUAUAUGAAGAGCCCUGCAGAAAGGAAGGAGUCAUACCUACAGUGGAAUACGCAUUCCGAGAAAAAAAUGAAGAGGAAUACUUGGCAUUUGAUAAAUCUUCAGUUCAUCAAGAAUUCCCAGGAGAAGAAAGAAAAAUAAGAGUAGAAACUACCACACAAACAAAUUCUACAACAAUAUACGUGGAUGAAUAUAUGCAAGUAUGUCUGCCACACUUGCCACACUUUCCACAAAUAAAUCCACUACCAGAAAAUCUACCACAACCGAAGCCACCAAAAGAUGCAGCAAAAGUGAAUACUCGACUGAUAAAACCUCCACAGAGACGAGACACAAAAACCACUCUUGACGAUAAAUCGAAAAUCCCUUUCAGGAAUCAGGCGAAAGAUUUGGUGAGACGCAUAAGAUCGACGGAAGCAGCCGUAACUGCUGUGCUUCCUUCCCAACCCAAACGUCCUACACCUUACUGCGAUCCAUUAAAUAACAUAAAAAGAAUUUUUGAGGACACCGAGCUCUCACUAUACGAGAUACGUGCAUCAGGUGCAAUUGCUAAGCUAAUCAAAAUUCUUACAGGAAUGAAACAAAGGGAAGAUUUGAACAAUGAAUUAAGAAAUUUCUUGAACGUGUUCGCCAAUUUGCCGAAAGACGAAAAUGCUAAAAAGUUCGAGAUAGUAUCUGCUCCAUUUGACAGAACCGUGUGCAUUCUGAAUGAUAUACUAAAAUAUGGCUAUCGAACCGAUAGCAUUUGGUCAGAACUUCACUCCGUAGAAAGUAUCAAUAUAGCAGGAGUCCAAACACUGAGAAAAUUGACUGAUAGAAGAUUUCGAAUUUCUGUCCUGACACCAGAUCAUCGUGUCUUAGUGUGCAUGAAUUCAGUCUUCCCAUUCACCAGGAUUCAGUACCUAGAAUCUUAUGUGAUACAUAUAAUGAAUAGUAAUGAUCGAUAUAAAGAAUGGAACGAAUCGAUCGAGGGAAAAAUUGAGCUGUACCUAAAUGACUAUCUUCUACCUUCCCACUUUACUCUAGUAGAAGCCAUACGUCUCAACCAAAGGAUCCCUCUAUUCAACAUUUUCGAAUAUAAUUACGUGUUCACAUACAAAGUUAAAGAUAUGGAUAUACCUAAAGUUGUGAAACGUUUAAUAAUUGUUGAAGACCAAUCAUUAAGUUACGCUUCAGAAAACUGA